GAUCUCGAUAACGCGGUUCGCCAUUUUCUAGGGGCAUUCACAGCAGUAUGAAGCUCUCAAAUCAGUCGGAAGUUCCCGUGUAUACGAUCUCAGGGUCCAAUACUGCCCGUCCCUUACCCGAAUGGCUCGCGAGACGCCGAAAGCGCAGUUUGAAGAAUGACCCAGAGUAUGCGAACCGAAUCGAGUUGUUACAAGACUUCGAGUUUGAGGAGGCGAGUCAUUGUAUUCGAGUUAGUGAAGAUGGAGACUGGGUCAUGAGCACAGGAACAUACAAACCCCAGAUUCACACGCACCACCUUCCUCAGCUGUCGCUAUCAUGGGCUCGCCAUACAGACUCCAUCAAUACAACAUUUCAGCUGUUAUCAUCUGACUAUUCGAAGUCCAUACAUCUCCAAUCCGACCGGUCAAUCGAGUUUCACACACCUGGUGGUUGCCAUUAUAAGACACGGCUCCCUCGAUAUGGUCGUGAUCUGAUCUACAAUAGAGUCUCAACCGAGGCUCUUGUUCCGGCUGUCGGUGUGAACGGCGAUGGCAUGGGUGAGGUUUUUCGACUCAACCUAGAGCUAGGUCGAUACAUGCGCAGCUUCGAGGUUGAUGUCGGAGGUGACGAUUUUACCUCUACUGGUGGAGGGACCUUACAGGGCGGGAUAAAUACCGGCGCUGUGAACACGGCAGCAAUCGCUGAAGAGAGCCAUAACCUUCUCGCUUUCGGUACCACGUUGGGAACAGUUGAGCUUUGGGAUCCGCGAGCGAAGGGCCGUGCUGGAGUCCUCUUACCCCCUACGCAGACUGGACCAGAUGAUUUUCGAAAUGAGAUUACAGCACUGGAAUUCCAUCGUUCAGGGCUGACCCUCGCCACUGGCUCUUCAAACGGACUCAUCCAUUUAUACGAUCUUCGUUCACCUAUGCCUUUGCUAAAGAAGGAUCAAGGAUACGGCUUCCCUGUCCAUACGCUGAAAUUCCUGCUACCGUCGUCAAGCACGCGGGAGCAGACCCUGGAACCUAAAAUACUGUCCGCGGAUAAGAAGAUUAUCAAAAUCUGGGAUCCGCGAGACGGGACUCCUUGGACUUCUGUCGAGCCUGCAGUCGAUAUCAACUCUGUCGCUUGGUGCAAGGAUAGUGGAAUGAUUUUGACAGCGAACGAAGGACGACAGCAACAUUCGUUCUUCAUCCCUCAACUCGGGCCGGCUCCGAAAUGGUGCUCGUUCCUCGACAACCUCGUUGAAGAGAUGGCCGAAGAUCCCAACGAUCCCAAUGCAUUCAACCCUGCCCAGGCCGGUUCUAUUUACGAUAACUACAAGUUUUUGACCCUGCCCCAACUGCGAACCUUGAGCUUGGAUCAUCUGAUUGGCAGGACCAAUCUCCUUCGCCCUUACAUGCAUGGAUACUUUGUCGCUCAGCGCUUAUACGAAGAAGCUAGACUCAUCACAAACCCCUACAUCUGGGAGGAGGAGCGCGCGAAGAGAAUCAAGGAGAAGAUUGACAAAGAGCGUGAGAGCAGAAUCAGAGGCAAAAAGAAGGCAGCCGUCAAGGUUAAUAGGAAACUGGCCGAAAGGCUACUGGAGCUUGAAGAGAAAAAUGAGCGUCGCAGGGCCAAACAGGUCCUUGAACAAGGCGGCGACGAGCCUAUGGAAGAUGCAACUGAAACCGCACCCGCACCAGACGCAACGGGUCCCAACUUCCUCGCUGACAGUCGUUUCGCCAAGCUUUUCGAAGACGAAGACUUUGCCGUCGACGAGAGCUCCCGAGAGUACCAGCUCCGCAACGGAAACAGCUCUUUGGAACCCACCAUACAAAGAAAACCUCGUGGCCUCACAGCCGUCGAGCAGGAAGAAAUCGACGAAGUCCCCAGCUCUAGCGACGACAACUCCGAUUCCGAUAGCGAAGAAGAACGAGCCGCAAAGCAGAAAACCUUCAAGAAACAGUCUUCGUCAUCAAGACAAUCGACCGGCAACAAGUCAGCUUUCAACAACCGACGCCAGCCCCAGAUGCAGGUCUCCUCCUCGAACGCCAUCAACUCCACCCGUGAUCGAUCUUUCGGCUCCCGAGCUCAGAACAUGCGAAAGAAACAGAAGCCGUCCAGGCGCGCUGCUGUCGUUGGCGAACAGGAAUUCACUUUUACGCCCAAGGGCAAGAGCAAACCUAGCAAUGCUCCUCGACCUACUACCGCGUCGUUUGACUAUAAGGCGAAAGAGCGACGCAGUGCAUCUGGCAAUACGUUCCGCAAGAUGUGAAGGUCCCCGCGCGUGGAUGCUCCGUAUCGUGCGGUCUAAAACAUCACUGUAUCGUCCUGUGCCUCGUAAAGGUCUCGCUAGCUGUUUCAGCUAGACUUCCCGAGUAAGACGGACUCAACGCAACAGUACUCCCACCAGCGCCGAUUACGGGCUCGAGUGGCCCACCUCGAAUCUUCCCUGAACUUCGGGAUGUCUGGGGUACCUGUGACAGGCAUUGCUUCUUCUAGCUAGCUAGUAAACAGCAGUGGUCAGCAGCGCCGUCGAAGCGCCCGUCAUACUGCCUAUUGACAGCGUUUCCUAGCCUGGUUGGCCAUUACCCAACAAUAUGUAAUGGCGACUGUUUGCAUAAGCGUUCGCGUAUAAUUAGCGUUAUUAUGAUAUUGAUACAUCAACAGAUUCAUUGGAGAUGUCAUUGCCGCACAGAAAUUCACAAUUCCAUCCAUAACUUGCAUCUGCUUGGCAAAUCCGUAAGAAAUAUGCAGAGCACUCAAAUCAGCAUUAAUGAGUCGGUCUGGAUCCAGCUCGGAAAGGACAGCCAACGCCUUGACCAUUAACAUGGCUUCAAAACCCGUGAUAUGUGACUGCCAAAACACCAUUCGACUGUAUAACAAAAUGAAGACACAUCCAGGGAACAUCCAAGACAAUGAGAGAAAGGAAGAGGAAAGAUAUAAUGGAUAUAAUACAUCCAUAUCUUAUCAAUCGACUGCAAUGAUGAGCAGUCUGUUAGUUUAAACAGGUCCGACAACACAGGAAGCGCAUUUUCAUGAAAAACCACAUUAGUGAAAAUAGGAGGAGAAACAGCGAAAUCGAGCCCUCGAGGGCCACUCGUACCAUUCUCUAUCGCCUUUGCCAGUCUAUAACAGAGCCACCCUGGAUAAAACUGAUCAGACAGGAAAUCAAAACAUUAAGGUGUAUAUGAACCAAAAGCACGAAACAUAAGUUAACC